UGUAGUUUACAACCUUCAUUCAGUCCAGGAAAGACGGCACAAAGACAAGCAGCAAGAUGAAGCGCCUUUUGUUCUUGGGGAUUGCUUUUGUUGCAUUCCAUGCCAGCCAUUCAUAUACUCCAGAAUUCUGUCUUUUGCCCAAGGACGAAGGUUCCGGCAUGAAUUUUGAGUUUUCCUUGUAUUUUGACCAGGAAAGUCAGCGGUGCAGUCCUUUCAUGUACAAAGGCGAAGGUGGAAAUGCCAACCGUUUUUACAGUGAAAGAGAAUGCAUAAGAAACUGUUCCAACAACCCAGAGACUCUCUACCCUGUGAACCCCAGAGACGCUUGCCACUUCAAAAAGGAAGUAGGUAAAUGUAAUGGUAACUUUUUGAGAUUCUACUACGAUUCUGUUCAUGACAAAUGCAAAAAAUUCCUUUGGACUGGAUGUAUUGGAAACGGAAACCGAUUUUUUGACUAUGACAGCUGCAACGCCACCUGUGUUGGCGUCCACGAUGAUGGGACUGAUGAGGAGGAGGAAGAGCCAGACACUCCUAUUGCGAUCAUCUGUGGCGUUUUGCUUGCUGUCAUCAUCGCAUCAAUCUUCAUAACUGUCAUUGUCUUGACUGUUAAAUCAAAGAAGAAGGGCUCCAAGAAGGACAAGAAGGCAGGAGGAAAAAAUAAAGACCCCAAGUCUGAUGCACCUCUUCAGGAGCAGAAUAUUGAAUUGGCAUAAAAAAUCAUGUCACCUCGAUAGCAAAAUGUGGAGUCUUGCUUGGUUUGAUGCUUUGCUUGGUCUUGAUACCAAACAUAUCAACUGAUUAGAACUUUUUUUUAACCAUUCGAUGGUACCACUUUUGAACAUUUUUUUACUGACAUGUAAUAGCCAUUACAAAUCUGUUUAAUUAGUCUAUUUUGUUUUACCGCUACAGUAUGUGUGAUGUUGCUUAAGUUGUAUUUUUUCCUAGGAGUUUCAUCCUUUACUCUCAUUUAACAAUCCAAAAUAAAUCUAAUCAGUGAUAUCAAAAGAAACCAGAGCUAAAACAGUUAGUGGAUUAAUUGAUUAUCUUGACAUUAGCUUAGAUUUGGCAGAAAGUUUAUCAGCAACCAUGCUGAUAAUUAGUUCAUUGAAAUCAUUUUUUUUCCAGGAAAAAUUCCAAAAGUUCCCUUUGUUCCAUCUUUAGGUUGUGAGACUUUUCUUUGUCUUGUGUGAUAGUAAGCUGAAUAUAUUUUACUGCUUGCUGGACUGUUUUGGAUCAUUUCUCACAAAUUUCAGACAUUUGUAAAACAGUCUGCACAUUAAUUAUUAAUGGCAUUUAUUGUUGAUCACAGCCAUAAAAGAGAGACGCCCAUUGGUUAGAAAUUUUUUUUGGAAGAAAAAAAAUGAAAUUAGUGGUUUAGACAAACGUUCAACCAUAAACAGGAGCAGACCUGCGUCAUUGGAAGCUCAAAUACUCAUUAUCAUUUCACUGUUUCCAAAAUAUAAAUGCAUCAUCAAUGGCUCAAGAAAUUGCUGAAAAAUGUCUGAGGUCUUCUGAUGGCAUGUGCCAGUUCAAAGGGCUAUAUUUAGAGCUGUUUUUGUGCAGUGAUGCUCACUGCCCACUCUCUGUUAUUAUGUUUUCUUGCUCAGCAUUUGUAUUUUUUGUUUUAGGUUGUAAACAUCUCGGAAGUGUCAAAAACAACCAUUUAUUCCAUUUGCUCAUGCUCUGUAUUUGUGAUAUAAAAUGAUUAACAAAAAAG